CUGUUUUUAGAUUAUAUUUUGUUUAUACCGCAACAAAAAAGUUUACCAUAUAAAAUGGAACGUUUGAAAUGUUGGAUUUGUCCAAGCAAGUUUUUCGAAAAUUGUCAGCUAUAUGAUCAUCAUACAGAGGAAGUUCAUAAAGGAUAUCGCUAUCGUUGCGACGAAUGUGCCGAGGGAAUUCUCUUCAAAGAUGUUGAUGAAGCGCGCGCUCACAUUGACGACAAGCAUGAUUUCAACAUGCUUCAGUGUCCUUCGUGUAGUUUGAAAAUAAACGAGUUUAAUUUGAGGAAACACAUGCGCGAAAUCCACCAACAGAGCUAUGGCUUCAAGUGUGACCUCUGUUCGGACAAACUGUUCGAGGAUAGAGAAAAUUAUGAAAAGCAUAUUCAGGAUGUCCACCAAGGUUACCGGGUAAAGUGUCCAGUAUGUCACAAAAUGUUGAAAACCAAACUUCAAGUGCACAUGGAUUCGAUCCAUUUGGAAGGAAAAGUUCGAUGUAAAAUUUGUAACCGAGGCUACAGUACGAAAUACAAACUGAUUCGUCAUCUCAAAACUCACAUGGACCCCAAAGAGCCGGGCCUGGUGGUUCGAUGUGCACGCUGUGAUGAAACAUUUGAGAACACCUUUAAGUUGAACCAACAUAAAAAGAAACAUCAGACGAAAGUAUACCAAUGUGAGAAAUGCUCGAAACUAUUUUACCGAAACCAAUCAUUGCAACGACAUCAGAGAAACCACGAGACGUAGAGGGGUCGCCUUGUGAUUUUUCCCUCGCAUCUAAAGAUGUUUACAUGAUUUGGAAGUUUUAAACAACUCAAAUAGAUGAUGGGAAAUCAGCACGAAUCCACAA